AUGCAGCUGAUCGCUUUGCUCCUGCUGUUGCCACUCCUCGUGGUGGCCGCCUACCUGACCGCGGCGGCUGCCCCCCGUCGCCAGCGCUCGCGGUGCUACCUCCUGGACUACGUUUGCUACAAGCCGCCGGACGACCGCAAGGUGUCCACGGAGAUGCUCAGCGCCGCGAAUGACCGCAACGAGCGGCUCAGCGUGCCCCUCCGCCGCUUCCUCCUCCGCGUCGUCCUCCGCUCGGGCCUCGGCGAGCACACCUACGCCCCGCGCACCGUCAUCGCCCGCCGCAAGCACAGCCCCACCCACCAGGACUGCCUCGACGAGAUGGACGCCUUCUUCCACGCCACCGUGGCGGAGCUGUUCGCCAGGGCCAGGCAGACGAGCCUCGGCCUCGGCCCCCGUGACCACCUGGCGCCGUCGCUCGCGUCCCGGAUCGUGCGCGCGCACGGCAUGUGCGACGACGUCUGUAUGAUUCUGACACAAUACACGGCCUAA